GCCGCUGGCACGGUACCACUUCAAACGCAUUCAUUACUUACCGUACCCCUACUAUCCCUGCGUUUUCACUUCCCUUUCCCAGAGCCGAGUUUCGUUCAACUGUACACUGGCAUAAAGCCUCAAACGCAUUAUCAACAUGAGCAAACAUAAACUCGACGACCCAGAGGCCCAAUUGGCCAAGCAGGAGAAGAAGCGGAGAAGAAAAGAAGAGAAAAACCGCAAGGAAGCGUCACGUCUGCAGGACAUCACGCCCAGUUCGACCGAUGCCACUGCGCAAUCGACACCAGCGCCAGAAAAUACAAAUGAAACUGCGGACGAUGGCGACACCUACAAGCCUGACUCGUCGCUCGACGCACUGCCCCAAACGGCGGUGGACGAGUUCCUCAAAUCCGAAUCCGUCCAGAUCGAGGACCCAAAGAAGAGCGACCUGCGGCCCAUCCUAGCCUUCACGCAACUGCCAUCAAAUCUCAAGACGCAAUUUUCCAGCGUGUUCUCCUCGUUCGAAAAACCCUCGUCAAUCCAAUCUGCAGCAUGGCCAUUCUUACUGUCCGGACGUGACGUCGUGGGCGUGGCCGAAACCGGCAGCGGCAAGACGAUCGCAUUCGGCAUGCCAUUGAUAUUCCGUCUUUCAGGCCUAAAGAAGAAAAAGGGGAUCCGAGCGGUAGUUGUCGCCCCGACGCGGGAGUUGGCGAUCCAAGUAUUCGAGCAGAUCGACAAGCUGUGCAAGACGGCCACGAGCGCCGGACAGAAACUGAAGCCGGUCUGUAUCUACGGCGGGACCAACAAAGACGAGCAGCGCCGCAGCCUGCAGGGGGCAAAUAUCGUCGUGGCUACUCCCGGUAGACUCAAGGAUUUCAUGUCCGACGGGACGAUUGACGUGUCCAAGACCCGAUAUCUCGUCCUGGACGAAGCCGACCGGAUGCUCGACAAAGGGUUCGAAGACGACAUCAAGCACAUCAUUUCGCAGAUGCCCUCGUCCAGCAAACGACAGACGGCCAUGUUCACGGCCACCUGGCCCAAAUCCAUCCGCGACCUGGCUGCCACGUUCAUGAAAGAACCCGUCAAGAUCACCAUUGGACGCAACGACGCCGACGACUCGGGCGAGCUGCGCGCCAACACCCGCAUCGUCCAAAAGAUCGAGGUGAUGGACGGCUCGGACAAACAGAACCGUCUCUUACAACUUUUGAGAGAGCAUACUGCCGGCAAGAAGCGCAAUGAUCGCAUCCUGGUGUUUUGUCUGUACAAGAAAGAAGCCCUUCGGAUCGAGAAUUUCAUCCGCAGCCGCGGAUUCAACGUCGCUGGAAUCCACGGUGACAUGUCGCAGUCUGCUCGCAUCGCCAGUCUGGAAGCUUUCAAAUCUGGGUCCGUGAGCCUGCUGGUCGCCACUGAUGUUGCGGCAAGAGGACUGGAUAUUCCCGAGGUCAAGUUGGUCAUCAAUGUGACCUUUCCCCUUACUGCCGAAGACUAUGUGCACCGCAUCGGCAGAACUGGUCGCGCCGGCAAAGAGGGUUUGGCCAUCACCAUGUUCACUGAACAGGACAAAGCCCUUGCCGGGGCGCUGGUCAAUGUUCUCCGUGCGGCCAAGCAGGAUGUUCCGGAAGAUCUGUUGCGGUUCGGCACCACCGUCAAGAAGAAGCAGCAUGACGCGUACGGUGCGUUUUAUCGUGAGGCAGAGGAAGGGAAGAAGGCCACCAAAAUUACAUUUGAUUGAGUUGGAGAUUGAUGUCAAUCAUUAUCUCACUACUUGAUGAGCAUGCCACAAGUGAUGGGAUGGCAAUCCUUCCUCAUGGCUUUUCGGUGCAUAUUGUCGGCGUUUCACGAGAGGUCUCAUCUAUAUCUCAUUAUGAUGGUGUUCUAUGAUUAUGGCGUGACUGUUUCAGUCCUGCAAAACCUGGGAUUUUGGCGGCAAGGCGUUGUGGCAAGAUAGAAUCGAGCAUCUGGACCAAAAAGUCUCGUUCGGCCAAUAUACUAGAAGUGCAAACAAUUGGACAAAAUUAGCAUCAGCUUUCUUCACGUUCAAGCAUAACAUAGGGUAUAUCGUCCAACUUAACGAAACACAGAACAAAAGACAGAUCAGAACUCACAUAGUCGAACCCAACAAGACAGUUGCCGCCACAACCAAACCCAAC